AUGGAGGCCGUCGAAGGGGAAGUCUCUCCAAGCCAGGAGAGCCCUCGAAAGGUUGCCGCGAGGAAGCAACUGGAUGGGACCUCUGCUCAGAUGGAGAAGCUCAUCUUUGGCGCUGACGAUGCCGCUGCCUCCGAGUACCUCAAGGACCUCAUCAGCAGUGCUGGGCUCAAAGACGCCUGGGCAGAGAUGGCGAAGAAGUUCAAAUCCGUUCAGACGCAGCAUGCCCACUUGAUGUCCUUGGCCAGUCGAGAGGGCUUGGACCGGGACUACGUGACGCGUCCCGAAUUCCGGGCGAUUGUGCAGGAGGAGUACAAAAGAGUCCUCCAAGACCACUCGAAGCGCCUGACCGACGUGGAAGCACAGGUGCAGGAGGAGAAGCAGGCACGCUUGAAGCUACAGCAGGUCGUCGUCGAGCUGGCUGGCCAUGUGGAGGAAGAGCUCAAUGAGUUGAAGCCCCAAGUGACCGACGCUCACGAGUGGCUGAAGAGCUUGGAUGAGCGGUGCGAAGAAGAGCAUGAAGAGGUCCUCAAGGCCUUGAAGAACCAGGAAGAGCAGCUGGAUCAGCGCGAAGAGACGCUACGACAGGAGGCGAAGGCCAUUGCGAAGAACUUGGAUGGAGAGAUCUUGGAAAGGAAGGUGAUUGGAGUUGAAGUCCGAAAGCAGAAGGAGUUUUUGAACGGAGAAGCCUUUCAGAGGCAUAUCGAAGAGACCUGUCAGCGUACGCUCCAAAGCUACGUACGCAAGGAGGUGAUGAUGGACGAGGUGCAACGCUCCACCGAGGAGAACUGCGAGCCACUUCGAGUGCUGAUCGCACGGAUUCAGAAGGAGCUCGCGGCCAUGACGGAGGAGUUUCGCACACGUGAUGCGUACAUCGAACAAUGCCUCGAAAGCGCAGAUGCGCGCUUACAGCAGAAGGACGAGAACCUCAGCGAUAGGAUCAACGCGGUGAUGGACGAACUCCCGAACAAAGCCACCAACGAGCGUGUCGACAACCUCAGAGGUAAGUUGCUCUACCACGUGGACGUCCUGGAGGGCUUGCACACGAAGCUUCAGAAGGAAGCCACGCACAAGACGCAAGAGGUCGUGGUGCGGCUUUCGGAGUUUCAAGUGAUCCUUCAGGACCAUGAACAUGCCUUGCAACACGCCGCAGAGGAGAUUCUACACCGGGGCACCAAGUAUGACAUCGCCGUGCUCACGGAUCGGGUGGACCAGUGUGCUUCGAAGGAAAAGAUGGAUGGUGAUUUGAAGGAGAUCCGUGAGCAACUUUCCUGGCAAAGUACGAAGAUUGAGUCGAUGCAGUUUCAGCAUGGCUUGUCCUUGCAGCGUAGCUCUUCUCGUCGCCCUGGGCACCUGAGAAGCACCAGCCGUGCUUUGAGCCGAAGCAGCUCUGUGGCGAGCGACCACAUGGGGAUGGGCAAGACCUUGAGCUUGAAGAUGGCCUCCUUGAACUCACAGGGCUCCGACCUGAACCUCAUGAGGAUCGCCACGGAUGACCAGCCAGAGAUCAAGGAUGGAAAAAGUGGUGAUUCCAGUCCAAGCAAACGCUCGGAGAACACCGAGAGGGUGGAUACCGGUGGCAACAUCUCCAUCUCAUUGUUGCUGGACGAAGAGAAGAACCAGGGAGAGAAGGCCAAUCAGGAGGAUCCGACGAUGGAGGAUGACCCUUUGGAGGUCUUCCCUGGGCUGGACGGAGGGCCCGAGUUGCAGGAUGCUCUGAUCGAUCAACAGGAGCAGCUGCAAUUGCUGCAGGACCAGUUGGCUGAAAUGCAGCAGGCGAGCUUCAUGUCGGGCUCGACACUCACAGAGGUGGUGCAACAGCAGUUGGAGUUUCUGGCACAGGGGGUCUUUUGCCUGGGACGUUUGUUCCUGAGGCCGCGUAAAGACCACUCGCUGCUCCAUCGGCAGGAACAAUGUGCCAGCUUGCUGAAGCACCUCCAUUCCGUGAUGCAUUGGGUCAUUCACCGCCAAAGACCUGCGGAGUGGGACCCCACGGCACUCACGACGAUCGCCCUGAAAGCGGCGCAAGACUGCGGCCAUGGGGCACACGAGAAUGAGCAAGGCGCACUGUCCCGGCGCGAGAGCCUGGCCAAGGCCCAGCAGCGGAUGUCCCUCCGGAGGGCCAAAGCGGCGUCUCAGCCGAAGCCCACGCCGGAGCGCUCCAACUCGCCGGAGUUCUUCACCGGGCGGCAGUUCGCCACCGGCGGCGUCGGUUGGCAGCAACGCGGCAUCCCAGCCGCCGGCAGCUACGAUGAGAUGAAGAGACCAAGCACCUCGGGUGCUGUCCUGGGCGCGUCCCUCCCGGUCAAUGCCACGGACGGAAAGCGCAUCUUGGUGGCGACGCCAGGUGUGGCUGAGGCGGCGGAGCCAAAGGCGACAUCGACCUUGCUGAUGAUGCAAAACAAUCCCAAAGUGGACCGCUGGGAUGGUCGAGCAUGUCCAGUGAUUUGGUCCCAGAUCGGAGUGAUUGUUUUCUUUCUGGGUGGAGAUGCAAUUUUUACUCAGAGGUGCCCAGAAGCGCGGCGCCAGUCUGUUGAGCGAAGACGACUUGGAGAGGUCCAGGCGAGCGACUUCGCAGCGCUUGUGGAAGCGGUGAGUUGCUGCGAUUUCCGCGUGAAGCGUGACUGGCGCUGGCGGCAGAUGAUCGAAGAACCGCUGGGCGUCUAUGAGCAUUGCAACGCCACCGGGCGGCCGCGCUUCCAUGCGGUCUUCGCUUCGGCGCCUGGCAAGGAGGAGUUCCUCGGGUGCUUCUUCACACCCAUGGACGCCGCAGCCGCCUGGGAUGCUCGCGCGCGGCGCGAGGGCUGGAGGGUGCUGAACUAUCCCAGCGGCGGGAGGCUGAGACUUGGUUGGGGCCUCAAAGUUGGUUGGAGCACUCCGAUGACGGCGGUUGAGUUUUGCCGGACUUGGGCAGAAGCCCGGGUCUCAUCGGUCUUUUUGUUCGACACAGAGCAAGUGCCAGGUCUAGAGAUUGCCUUGAGGUUGCAUUUUGCUGGCCACUUUGUCUUUGUCUUCCUCUUCAAGGACGUGGGAGUCAACAUCUUUUACGAGGAGCUCUUUCGCUGGUGGAAUGUGAGGCUUAAGCCGGGCCAAAUUGUCGAGGUCAUUGAAGAUAGUGACGAUGAUGAAUCCGAUUUCACAGAGUUUAUGAUCGUUGUCAAGUCAGACCCAUACGAGAGCUUAAGCAGUCCGCCUGCCAAGGUCAAGAAAAGUGGGGGUGCAGGGGUGGCAGCGCCGGUUGAGGAGACCAAGGGUUCAAUGGACACUCCUGCUAUGUCUGCUGAGAAGGCUUCGUCGUUGUAG